CUCAUUAUUCGGGCCGAUGCGAAUCGACCAUCACCUGCUGACCUGCUAGUAGUGCCAUACCAAUGACGAGGUGGAGGGAUCUGCUAUCUCCAGCUGCUGCGGGGCCUCCGUGGAGUGUUCGGCGUCGCAAAUAUAUCUACAGCUCCCCUGAUCUGCCGUUUGGGCCGGUCUGAAUACCGAUUGCUUUAAGUCUUCUUCCUCAGAAUUUAUUGUCUCAGCUGUAUUGAACCAGAAAAUUGCAAUGGGCAAGAAGCGAGUUCUCAUUUCUUACGGUGUCGAUGUUGAUGCGGUGGCGGGAUGGCUGGGCUCGUACGGCGGAGAGGACAGCACAAACGACAUAAGUCGAGGAAUCUUUGCCGGGACGGUGGGCACCGAGCGUCUGCUUAGGAUGUUUGCCAAGUAUAACAUUCUGACUACGUGGUUCAUACCUGGGCACAGUUUGGAGACUUUUCCGGAGGAGAUGGCUGCGGUUCGAGACGCCGGCCAUGAGAUUGGACUCCAUGGAUAUAGCCAUGAGAACCCCCAGGACAUGACCAUCGAACAGCAGAGAACAGUGCUGGAUAAGACAUAUCGAAUGCUGACGGAGUUUGCCGGAAAGCCUCCCCGAGGAAGCGUAGCGCCGUGGUGGGAAACAAGCAAAGAGGGAGCGGAGCUACUACUCUCAUAUGGCAUCGAGUACGAUCAUAGCUUGAGCCAUCAUGACUGCCAGGCAUAUUAUCUUCGCACUGGAGACACUUGGACUAAGAUUGACUAUUCCAAGAAGGCCGAGGAAUGGAUGAAGCCGCUGGUUAAAGGGCAGGAGACUGGCCUAGUCGAGAUUCCUGGGAACUGGUACAUCGAUGAUCUGCCCCCAAUGAUGUUCAUCAAAGCCUCGCCCAACAGCCACGGCUUCGUCAAUGCUCGAGACGUCGAAGAUAUUUGGCGAGAUCACUUUGACUAUUUCUACCGCGAGUACGAUGAAUUCAUCUUCCCAAUAUCGAUUCACCCCGAUGUGUCAGGUCGGCCCCACGUCAUCGCUAUGCAUGAGAGACUCAUUGAGCACUUCAAGAAACACGAGGGUGUCGAGUUUGUCACCAUGGAGCAGAUGUCGGACGAAUUCAAGAAGCGGAAUCCUCCUCCGCCGGGAGCGCUUAUGCCCGCUGCUCCUGGUGCAAUGCUUGCAAAGAAGUAAAGAGAGAGGCGGUUGUAAGUAUGAACUUUAUCACGAGAUCUCGAAAUAGCAUUGCAUAGGCAUAUGCAUAUUGUAAUUUGUACAUCUUGGUGCUGAACCUCUCCCGGACUCAAUCUGCGUCUAGUCACAUUGGUAGCGGUGCUGCAGUAUGGGUGCAACAGGAGUGGAG